AUGGGAGGGGACAUUGAAGCUAUCAAAAAUAGUAGUGAAAGGAAGGGCAGGGCGGAGGUAGUGAGUUAUAACAAAGCGAAGCUCUUUGCGGAAUUCAUUAACAAAAGCUCCUUGGUGGACAUACCUUGUAAAGUGGCCAAUGAAGUGGUAUACUAUGCUAGAAAAGUUGGGAGGAAUUACUUACAUUUUAAAGUGGAUUUUGAGAAAUCUUAUGAGAAGGUGAGUUGGAAUUUUUUGCGUUAUGCGCUAAGGAGAAUGGGAUGUGGGCUGAAUUGGAUGGAGUUAUUGGUGUUCAAAAGCAAUAUUUCGGCAAUAGUGAAUGGGAGUCCAACCAUGGAAUUUGAAGUGAGGAGAGGAUUGAGACAAGGAGAAGGGACAUGGAAACAUGUUUCGGAAAUAAAGGUGGUUUUGAGGGCUUUUGAACUAGUUUCAGGUCUUGGCAUUAAUUAUCAUAAAAGUAAGUUGAUUGGUAUAAACUCUAGCAAUACUUUCUUGGAGACCGCUUCUAUUGUUCUUUCUUGUAAGGUGGUAGAUAGCAAAUUAUAUUUUCUCGGUAUUCCGAUCGGGUUCAAUCUGAGAAAGAAAGAGACUUGGAGGCAUCUUUUGCAAAAGAUGAAGAAUCGUUUGGUCAGAUGGAAAAAUCACUUUCUAAACUUGGGAGGAAGGAUAACUCUUUUGAAGUCUAUUUUAAGUUCAUUAACCAUUUUCACUAUGUCUUUCUACAAAAUGCCGGUGAAGUCAGUGAAGGAAUUUACGAGGCUUCAAAAAUUGGAAAACUGGGAGCUUUCCUUUUUUAAAUGCUCUGUGGUUAAGAAAAUAUGGAGGGAGAUAGCUCUUUGUAUAGGAAAAUCAGAGGUGGAGGAGGAAGAGUUGUGUUUGUCGAGUUUUUAUGGAUUGACACUCGUUUAG